UACUCUUGAAUCACAACACAAAAUUAGGCUGUAAGCAAAAUUCACACAUAGUUCCAAAAAAUGUCCGUAGAAGGUCCCCUCUCCAAUAUACCCGAUGAUGUGAUAGAGUAUCUGUUGGAUCAACGGAAGCGGGAGCGCGAACUGACCAUCGAGAAGGAGUUGCUCAAGGAGCUCAUCAAAAAGGUGCAGGACAUAAUGAAAAUGCUGGAGGGUCGCGACGAUGGACUCCCAUGUACCAUAUCUGCGGGUAAUGUCUACCAGAUGAGCACCGUGCAACAGGUGAGGGACAAUCUGGCUGCCAACCUUUCCGUCACCAUGGUACUCUUCGUCAAGGCCCACCGGAAGCUCCUCCGAAUUCAGAGUGAUCUUCGCCAGGAUUACCAUACGGUCCUGGAAACUGUCCACAAUUCCGGAACCACCAACUGAUACUGUCUGCCAAAAUCUUGGGUUUAAUAAAAUUGAAUACGUGUAAAUUACUAACA